CUCACUCCCAUUAUGUACCAUUAUGCACAUGCCGUGGCAUAUCUGUGCUGCAGUGACGCCAGGCAUCCUUCGCUGGCCUCACCUCUCUCCUGCAAGCCCGCUUCCACAAGGGACAAGACGAGAUGCAUCCACGUCACUCACGCUAUUGACGAGCUGAGCUUCCUCUCAACAAGCAGCCCCAAUGACAAUUACACAGUCGCAAGCCCGCGGGCUGGCCGCGACGAUGCUGGUGGAGCUGGACCUGUUACAUGUCUCGUCUCCCCAUUAGCUCCCAAGACGAUGAUGCGGUGUGUGUUCCUGACUAUCAAUUCUGGGAGCGUCAGGUUUCCUUCGGCUAUUUCCCACAACCCUCUGUUCUUCGGAAUGGCUGGAAUACUAUCCUGGUGGACUUCCUUGUCGUCUCUUGGCCUAUCCUUGAAAGCGCCCGGAUGUGGACCGAAGAAGAAAAGUGAUGAGUAUCAUCAUGCCAUGCCAUCCAGUCUCUCCGGGCCUCCAUCUCCAUCGGACAGGGGUCCUCGAUGUUCACCACCCCAGCUCAUCUCCACUUGGGCGGCUCUGGCGGACUGCGGGCUGCGGCCAUCUCAGAUCCGAUGCGCCAAAACACGCCCGACGUCGUGCGGGCAGCAUCAUUGACUGCCAGUAUUGCGUUACCUGCAUCGCCCCCAAUAAAAAACAGCUGAGAACUAGGCUGGGUGGUGGCCGAAACCAGCAGAAUAUGGCGAUUUCGACAACUGCCAGUCGAGAAUUGCUUUGUUUCUCUCUUCUCCUCUUUCCCCUCACCUUUCUCUCCCUUCUCUCCAGACAGGUGGUUUUCACAGCAUGUGAGACUCUGCUGGGUCCUGGUGUUUGCCCUCUUCCCCUCCUGGUUAGUCUGUCUUGCUUUUUUGCAACUUGGUUGGAUUUUCUUUUCUUUUUUCUUCUUUUUCUUGGGUAAGACAGGUCUCCACACUCUGGAUUGCACCCGAUCAACGGUUCAACAAGAGACAGUUCCAUGCAAGCCACCCUCGGCAAGGUGAUUCCUAGUACACAAGCCCGUUGCUUUCUUC